AUGAUCACGGACAUCCUCAGGGACACGCAGACGCUGUCGAGAGUCGCGUCCAGGUGCGAGAAGAGAGGCGGCAGCACUCUACCUGUGAACCUUCACCUGUCUUCGCGUCGCUCGCCGCUGCUUGCGCCUGUGACCGACGUCGACGACAAUGACGACGACGAUGAGGAGGAUGGAGACAGCGAUAAUAGCAUCGACGACGAAAAUAUUUUUCAGAGAGUUUUUUUUUUCGGUCCUGGUGUAUCUGGUAGAGCGGGUGAUGACGAGGUUAAUGAUCAACAGUCGUCGCCGUUGCUGUUGCUGAGGUCCAAGCGGCCCCGCAAGGCGCGGACGGCCUUCAGUGACCAGCAGCUGCGGUGCCUGGAGCGGAGCUUCGAGCGGCAGAAGUAUCUGAGUGUACAGGACCGUCUGGAGCUGGCCAGCAAGCUGGGCUUGACUGACACCCAGGUCAAGACUUGGUACCAGAACAGACGGACGAAGUGGAAGCGGCAGACGGCUGUGGGGCUGGAGCUGCUGACGGAGGCCAGCAACCUGGCGGCGGUGCAGCGGGUGCUACAGACCAACCCCUACUGGGCCUCCUUCCAUCCUCACGCCGCCUCCUUCAUCUCCUCCAUGGACGGCCUCAUUCCCCGAUUCGCUCAUCCUCUUCCCACCGGAAGUAGUGACGUGGCGCAGGUAGUCGGCGGAGUGGUGGCCCCUAGACCGACACUUCCGCACCAGGCGGCGCUGUUCCAUUUGUCUGGUUUGCAGACGACAGUUCCCUAUUCGGGUCUGCCAGCAGCUCUUGCGCCGGUCAUCGAAAAACGAAUUUGAUGCACUGACUAUCCUAAGGGAUUGUUGUCUUGUUAUUGUUGUUGUUGUCGUCGUCGCCAUUCAGCAGUAUUUUAUAAGUAUUCUUUCAAUUUGGAUUUCAUCGAGAAAACAGGUUUUGCUCGAACUUAGGCCUUUGAGUGCUUUGACCUUCUUCAACUGGGGUUAAAGGACAGCGGAA